AUGGCCGUCCAGGAGCCCGUGGCGGGGGCCAGGGUGCUGCUGGGCGGCAAGCACAGGGCCACGGUGCGCUAUGUGGGCCCCAUCGAGGGGCAGCAGGGCACCUGGGUGGGAAUUGAAUAUGAUGAGGCCGGCAAAGGCAAGCACGACGGCAGCCACGGCGGCAGGCGCUACUUCUGCGCCCACGACCCCACAGCCGGCUCCUUUGUGCGCCUGCCCAAGUUCCUGGAGGCCGCCGACUUUGGGCGGUCCCUGGUGGCCGCUGCGCUGGAGCGCUACGGCCUGUCCUCCGCGCUGGAGCGGGCGGCGGGCGGCGGCGGCGGCGGUCAACCUGCCAGCGGCGUGGACCCGGCGCAGCAGCAGGAGGAGCAGCAGCAGAUGUACGUGUCCACCGCAAGCAAUCGUCGCGUGACGGUGGAGCUCCUGGCCCCAGAGGCAUCGGCGCGGCGGCUGUCGGGCGCAGGCGCAGCGCUGGCGGCGCUGGUCCAGCACCGCAUCUCCAGUCUGGGCAGCGGCAGCGAGCUGCGAGCCAUGCUGCCCGGCCUGACGGAGCUGGACCUCAGCGACAACCUCUUUUCCAGCUGGACCUUCGUUGCUGAGCUGGCGACAGCGCUGCCCAGCCUGGCCGCCCUGAACCUCAGCGGCAACCGCCUGGCCCUGCCCAGCCCCACCCUGGCGCCGGCAGCCCCGCCACCGGCAGCGCCUGCCAGCCUGGCCGGGCUGCAGACGCUGGUGCUGAAUGGCUGCGGCGUGGCCUGGCCGCAGGCGGUGGCUGUCGCCCAGCUGCUGCCCACCCUGCGUGAGCUGCACCUCUGCGCCAACGGCCUGGCCAGCCUGCACCUGCCGGCAGCAGUGGGCAGGAGCGGCUGCGAUGUCGCCUCCGCGGCAGAGGCUGCUGCAGGCAUCAGCCUCCUGUUGCUGGGUGCUCCUGCAGCUGCUGCGCCCGGUAGUGGCAGCAGCAGCAGCAGCAGGAGCAGCCAGGGCGCUGCGGCGCUGCUGGCAGCAGCGUUUGGUCGGCUGGAGGUGCUGGAUCUAGAGAACAACGCGCUUUCCAGCUGGGCUGACGUGGCGUUGCUGAGCACGCUGCCGUGCCUGCGCUCGCUGCUGCUCAGCGGCAACCGGCUGGAGGAAGUGCGGUACGAAGGAGGCUUCACCGCACUUCGAGCGCUGUUGCUGGGCGGCAACCGGCUGGGGAGCUGGGAGGCGGCCAGCCAGCUGGACCGCUUCCCGGCCUUGGAGGAAGCCCGCCUGUCCGACAACCCCCUCACCGCCGCCGCCCCAAGCACCGUGCGCUACCAGUGCAUCGCCCGCAUCAGCCGGCUGAGCACACUGAACGCCAGCGCCGUGAGCGCCGCGGAGCGGUGGGAUGCGGAGGUCAACUACCUACGCCAGGUCAGCGAUGAGCUGGCAGGCGCCGCUGACGUGGCAGGAGGCAGCAUCGGCGGUGUGGAGGCUGCAAGGGCCGCCGUCCUGGCCGCCCACCCGCGCUUUCCGGCACUGGUUCAGAAGUAUGGCGAGCUGGCUCCCGCGGCCCCACGUGCGGCCGCCGGCAGCGCUCUGGCCAGCAGCAUGGCGCAGCUGACCAUCUGCCAUGGUACCAAGCGAGUGGAGAAGAAGCUGCCGGUGACGCUGACGAUAGGCAAGCUGAAGCUCAUGCUGGAGCGGCUGCUGCGGGUCAAGGCGGCGCAGCAGGCGCUGCUGCUGGUGCCGCCAGAGGGCAGCGCGUCCCAGCCCGAGGAUGUCAGCGACGAGGAAGGGCGGGAGCUCCGAUACUUUGAUGUGGCAGACAGCUGGAGGCUAGAGGUGAGAGUGGCAGACCCGGCGGCACGCGCCGCGGCGCUGGCAGCCGCCAAGGCGGCGGCAACGGCGGCGCAUGCGGCACGCAUGGAGCAGCACGAGAAGGCCAUCCAGCAGUUCAGGGCCGUGGAGCAGCGGCUGAUGGCCUGA